AUGUCUGGCCUACUUCAGAACCUGUUAAAGGGCGAUGUCAACGCUCCAUCGUCAGCUCCCUCCAGCGGCGAUGACGCAGACUUCGCCGACUUCGCCGCAGGCAUCCCUGAACCUCCUCCACCACAACCUGUCCUUACCGCCACCGGCGCCGCAGGGACCCCCCUAACAGCGACCCAGGAAGCCAUUCCGGCCAGCGGCAACGCCCGACCAUAUACAGCAUGGUACCGCGUCUGGGAGCGCCACUCGCGCCAGGACUUUAUGCAAGAAGCCUUCGUGAUCCCCUUCAUCGCGGUCCUGCUCCUGCUGCAUGUCUGGGGCAUGGGCAAGAACCGGCGCAGAGCCAAGAAAUGGGCGCAGGCUCACCUGCCCAUCCUACAGAGCGAGUUUGCCGUCGUCGGCUAUGGCGGCGUGGGUGGUGCGCGCCGGGCGCCGUCGGCCGAUGACGUGCAGGCGGAAGGGCUGGCGAAGGCGGCGGCGGCUGCGUCGGCGUCUUCGGGCGACGAGCUUGUGGUGCCCGCGUCGAUGCUGAAGGAGAUGUCGGGCACGGAGUUCGCGACGUACGCCACCGGCCGGCAGAAUGUGGCGUUCAUGGAUGUCUCGAUUAAAUUGUUCCGGUGGUAUAACCCGCUGUACAUGCUUGGUGAUUUUGCGGUGAGCAUGUUUUUCGACUCGUGGCCUGUGCCGGUGGAGCGGGUGGAGUGCACGGCGUAUUCGUUUGAUGGGAAGGAAAAGGAUCUUGUUCCCGCGCCGUCGGCGGUGGAGAAGGAGCUCAUCGAGCAGCGGACGAAGGGGGCGGCGAAUAACUCGAGUUACGAUGGGUUUGUGUUUGCGGUUGUGCAUAAGAACUGCAUGCGCAAGCUACGUGAGGAUCGAUAUGAUAUCUCCCUGACGUUUACGAGGGAUAAUCCGAAAUUACCUCAGUGGGCGACCGUUAUGAGUGAGAGUGCGGAGAUUACAGAGACGAUGCUUACGGCUGACCUCAUCAAGGCGGUGGAAGAAGCUGGGGAGGAUUUUGAGUACUUGAUCAUUACUGACCAGCCGCUGGAUAAGCCUACGAAACUUGACGAAACCACCCCCGGCAAACGCAUAAACCUCUCCCUCCGCCUGCCCAAAUCCGGCUCCUACGCCACCACGAUGCCCAUCUUCACCUACUUCCUCCGCCUAACCGACCGCGUCGUCUCAGCCGCCCACUUCCGCGCCGAAGUCGUGCGCAAACUGCGCAACACGCGCGACGAGGAGACGCGCAAGCUGCGUCGCGCGUACGAGGAGGAGAAGAGCGAGGAGCGCAAGUUGCAGGCGGAGAAGGCGAAGAAGGAGGAGCGGGAUCGGUUGUUGAGGGGGAUGUCGGCGGAGGAGCAGAGGAAGUUUUUGGAGAAGGAGAGGGAGAGGGAGACGAAAAGGGGGAUGAAGAAGGCGACGAGGAAGGGGUAG